GUUAAAAAUAGCUUGUCCAAGUCCUGACGCCAAUGCUCCGGUUCGUGGUUCUUGGUGCUGUGGCGCUAUGGGGGCUGCAUCUAGCCUAUGCACAGACAGCCCUGCCCAAACUGACCCCGUUAUCAACUGGUUGUCGCGAUGUGGAUGUGGUGUCGUGCAAGAUGAAUUGUGCGAGCCAAUACAAAGACGACAGUAGGUUCACGUGUCCGUGCUACAGGUACAUACCACCAAUCCCCCCCCUGCCCAUCACCCCCCCUUGUUGUCACUUUCAAAGCAAAAUGGGCGAGUGCUUGGUUCGCGUCGGUUGCUCGUUCGUCCAGCGCAAACAAGUCAUGACGUCGUGUACUCGAAAAGGGUACUGCAAAGCCGGGUACUGCACCUACCGAGUGGGGGACUUCACGCCCCGAAACGGCGUUCGAGCCGAGAUCUUUGCCAAGUCAGCCAUUUCGCCCCCGGGGUCGCCCUGCGUGGAUGGCUGCUGUCCUGACAGUAGGGGCAAGACUUGUAUCGAAGACCCGGCGCUCAAGGUGCUCCGGGAGCCCAGCCGGGCGUACCGCAAUGAAGAAGUUCAGCUUCCCCCAAGGCAUGGAGACCCACGACUGAGUGUGAACCAAAACUACGACUUGAUGCCGUACAGUCUUCCACUCCAAAAUUUGCCACCGGUGGACGCCAAUUUUAUGCUUACGUUUCGACAAGUCGAAGACACCAAGGUCAAUAAUGGGGCCGUCGGUUCAACCACCAGAUUCACCCAAACGACGUUGAGUAAUAGCACUAACAAUUGAAGACUCUUACGAUCCUAAU